AUGGCUUCGCGGCUUUCGCGCCUGUUUUCUCCGCACGAGGCACGCGCCAAGCUCCUCCGCCAGUGCCGGCUGACCCGUGGAGCGACGGCGGCGCCUGCGGAUCCUGUUCGCGCGUUGCCUUUUUUUUUCUCUGAUGAAAAGAGUCGGCAGCUGCGAGACGUGGGGAGAGGAAGCGCCAGCGAGGAAGCUUACUGGGGAGAAGGGCCGCAGGAGGCGCCGCUGGAGCCCUUCGCCAAGAGAAACGAGGUCAAGCAGAGUCACAGGCGCCAGAUGCCCAAUUCCUCAGGACCAGGCUCAUCCUCGUCUUUAUUCUCUCCCCCUUCGAUCUGUCCUCUGUCUCUCUGUCGCGGGCGUCACUCCCUGGCUUCUUCUUCGUCUUUUUCUCCUCGUUCAUCGUCUCCGCCUUCUUGUUCUUCCUCUGCUUCACUAUCAUCUUGUUCUUCUAUGCCGCGACGUGAGGAGCGGCAUGUCUUCUGUCUUCCGCCUGGUCGAGCGUCGCUCCGUCGCGGACGUCUCCUUUCUUCCUCUUCGGUGGCGCUCUUUUCUUCCUCGUCCGCUUCACGUUUUUUCCCUGCCUCUUCCCGUCCCCCGCCGCUUUCUUCGUCUCCUCGUUCUCGCCCGUCUUCCCUGUCUGUCUCCAAGUUUGCUUUCCAGCCAAGACGACACCUAAGGGAGCGCUGCAUUGACAGAAAGUCACAAAUUCCCUUCUUUCCACAGCAUUCGGCUUCUCUCUCUCCCUCAUUCUCUCCCCCUUCUUCUUUUGAACCAGCCUGCUCCUCUGCUUCUUCUUCCUCGUCUUUGUGUGUGUCUCUUCAGUCUCCUGCUGUCUUGCCUCUCCUUCUCGCGAAGUCUGCCGCACUGUCUUCUUCUUCCCCUGUCUGUUUCCGCGUCCUCUCAUCUUCGUUGUCUUCGCCGCCUCAAGCUUCUCUACUACGUCUCCCAUGUCGUCUCGGCGAACACUCUGCGCCGCGCCUCAGCCUGCGGGCGGCAGAAUCUUCCUGCGGACGCACCACAGCCGGUGCGUCUCGAUCCGCAAGGGGCGAGGACGGAAAUGAGCAAACACCGCACCUCGGUCUCGCUUUCGCGCCGCUGGAUGCGAGACUCGCUAGGUGUACAUACACCCCAGGAGACCCCUCGGACCUGACAGUGCCGUCGCGUUUUUCACUUUUCCCUCCUGCCUGCCGAGCCUCGUUCGUUCAGAUCCGCACCGCCAAGCUGCUGCGAUGGUCUGCGGAUACCCCGGUUGCGCACCGACUGGAGGGUUUGCUCGAAGCGAAGGACUUUCUUCUCGCCUGUCAGAUUUGGGAAGAGCAAAUGACGCGCCGCGACUACCUGGCGGCCCUGACGCUGCUGACGACGCGCAAGCGACUUGACCGCCGCAGCGAGCUUUUCCUGCGUCUGGUCGACAGGAUCAUUCACCAUCCUUCGCUCAUUCUGCCACCCUUCAUUCACUUGCUCCUCCACAGGUUCGCGGUGUUGGGUCACGCGCCGGCGCUGUGGAGGCUCGCCGCGACGCUUCCGCCGCUCUUGCCUCAGAUGCAGCCGGCGCAGGUCGCGGUCUCUGCCUGGUCGCUAGCCACGUGCUUCGUGAUCGAGGAGGCUGUCUGGAGCGAAAUCGGACGACUUACGCUUAUCCACUUGGAGGCGCUCUCCUUCACUGACGUCGCGAUGCUGGCGUGGGCAGCCGCGCGUAUCGACCGGCGCAAGCCCCAGGAGAUUCUCGCGCUGAAGAGCCGCGCCCUGGCGAUCCUCGAGGCGCAGGCUGCAGGCGGCGCGACCAGCUCUUCGCUUACUUCCCCCGCCUCGCUGCCGCCUCCAGCCUCUUCGGCGCCUGGCGUGCUCGCGAAGCCUCCGUCGAGACACUCGGUGCCCCCGCCGAAUGCCGCCGCUGCGCCUCCGCACGACUUGUGCAUGCUCUUCAGGGCCAUGGCGACGCUGAUGCCUCGCGAUCUCCCUUUUCUCCUCCGCCUGCUUUACGCUAUUGUCGCUUCCGCCUGCGGCGGGUCGCUGCCGACACCCCUCCCCCUCACGGCAGUUGCGCCGCCGUCCUCCUCGGAGCCGUUGCGUUUAGACAGCGAGGACGCGCUGCCGCCAGGGCCCCAGCCAGGCGCCGAAAACGACAAGUUGGAGCAGCAAGCCAUGCUCGAGUCCUCAGGCGGUGCGGCAACCCCAAGGCAGUUCUCGCUCAACGCACAGGCACUCACGGCGGUGUGGACGGCGAUCGCGGACAUCAACCUCCUCGACCACUUCCCGCUGAGCCCGCAGGAGCCUCUCCGGUCGCUUCGGUCUGCGCCAAACGCCCUCGCCUUUUCGCUGAACGCCGGCAGCCCUUCGUCGCAGAUCGCAGCGUCGCCUGCCGCCUCGGUCGUCGCCCCCGCCGCCCCCGCGCCUUCGGUGCCGACGGCCGCGGCCUUCGCCGACGGGCUCGUCCCUUCGUUCGAGCGUCUGUUUGGCGAGCCCUUCACUCGCGGCGACUCCUGGAAGAGGACAAACUCGCGCCUCGGAUGGCGAGCUGCAGUCGGCGUGCGCUGGAUGCUGGAUCGCCUCUGCGAGGAGACGCGCCUGCUUCGACUCGACCAUACAGUCAACACAAACAUGAUUGCGAAGCUCGCCGAGGCAAUGAUGCGGCAAAAGUUCGUUGACGCGCGCAUCAUCUACCAGCUGCUGCACUUUACGCACAAGCGCGGAGGGGAGCAACUGCAGCCCGAGCAAGUUCUCUCGCUGGCGAAGGCGUUCACGGCGCUCAAUAUCACCGACGAGAAGGCGUGGAGGAAACUCGCGCAUCGAGCCCAGGCGACGGCGAUUGACCUGACGGCGAAGCAGGUUCAGGAGCUCCAGCACUACUUCCGGCGUGCGGGCUGCGCCAACCAACGCGUGGAGGGCUACCUGAGUCACUUCCUCUUCCUCAAAGACGACGUGGAGAGACACGGCCCUCUCUGA